AUGUUGGCUCCGUCACAGCAGGCAGUGCUGCAGUUGCUGGUGCUGACACAGGAGCAGGAGAGGGAGCAUCUGGUCAAGCUGGUACACGGGAUCUCCCUAGAGGAUUUGCAAGAGCCAGGUUGCGCAGUGCCUCCAAGAGAGGAUAGUCAUACACACGAUGCUUUAAGAAAUGGCUGCAUAAAAAGGCUGAGACAAAUCCAGGCCGGUCUGCAGACACUCAAUGAGACUCAGAUCCCCUUACAGCAAACAAACCCUCAGGCACAACUCCAGCCCCAGCCCCAAAUGCAGGCCCACAUAAGCAGUCAACCGGGGAUUUGGUCCCAACACCAGCUGGAGGAUUGUUCCCUGCUCCUCUUGACCCAUCUGAUGGAGCUCCAGGAGGUCCAAGCUUCUGCAUUACUGCCAGCAUUGAUGGACAAGAGCGUACAGGGUGUCCAAGCUCUGCGAGAUGAAUAUGAAUCUGCACUUCAAGCAAAGCGCUACACCAACCCACUCCAACUCCUGGUCUCAGACGCCCCUCUCACUUCCUGUUCUAUACUAACUCCUUAUCCGAACGUAACCGAAAUGAGCAGCAAUGAGCACAUCACAGCUCAAUCCUGCUGCAGUGGACCAGCUGAGGCUCAAAACAGCAGUGGAGCCCCAGCUGAAGCUCCGAGGUUUGUUUCAAUCAGAAGGGCCAGCAGAGAACUGAAUAGGGUGCAAGCUGCAGAUGGGACUGACAAACAGGACGUCUGUACAGGUUGUGGAGUGACUGUGGAGGAACUGCCCUACUUGGAGAUCUUGUGUGUAUCAGAUGCAGCAAGUAAUACUCAUCGGAGUAUCGCUGCGGAGGGAGGAGCCCAGGAAGAAUUAGAGGGCAGUGCAGCAAAGAGCCCCCAGAGCUAUGAGAAACAGGGCUCACUGAUCGCCCUUGCUUGGAGCAAACCGCCAGAUGAUGACACUGACUAUGAGGCAGAAGCUGCAGUCGGGGGCACAGGACAGAGCCUGGAUGUUGAGAGCAGUUCGAAGACCCAAGUCCAGAAAAGCGACAUGAACAGCACAGCUGAACACACAGAGUGUGAGGAGACUUCUGGAGAGAAAGACAGGGAAGAUCUGUUCCAGUCUGAUUUGACAGGUCAUCGUGACACGCAGUCUGCAGACCAGCAGUGCAACACAGUAGGACAGGUACUCUGUAAUCCUAAAGCAGACCAUAAAACAUUGUAUUACAAUGUCAUGCAUCUGAUUUUCUCUGUUUUAUAUUCAUUUGUUGACCUUUGAGUAGAGAGCAAUAGCUGAUCAACAGGAGAAGGGAGAAGCCGUAUCCAACUGUGACCUGCAAACAUAUGAGUCGGUAGCAGAAACAUUGCAGGGUGUACAACCACAUCUCUUGGUUGACGUUCCUGAAAUUAAGCGGCACGCUGGUGACCUCUGCUCUAGACUUAUGAAUGAGACAGCAAAUGUGGACAGAGAAGUGGCUGAGGUGGAAUUAUGUCCCACUGCAACCGAGACACAGCAGUGGGACUUUAGAAGGCCUGAACCCGCUCAGGCUGAGGACGAGAAAUGUAAUCACGAGCCACAGUUGACUGUAGCCCUGCAGAGAGGGAAUCCACACUGAUGGAGAGAGAGCAAGCCACAGAACCAGUCUCGGCAGUGGAGAGAGAACGAACAAUGCGCAACCUGGUGGACAUGCAAAGAAAGGUUGAACAGAAGCAGCAGAGAGAUAGAGAGAGACAACUGCUGAGGGUUCAGGAGCGUCUGUCCAUCAUCCAGAACAGGAAGGCAGAGGAAGACCUGCUUGGCCUGAAACACACAGACAGGCUAAGGCACCUCACACAAGAUCUACCACAGGAGGAUAAGAACCAGCAGAAGACAGUUGUUAGAGAGAGACUGGAGCAGCUGAGAAGAGAGCGUUCCCAUGUCAUGCAGUCCAAACGAGACAGGAACACUGCAGGAUUUAAAGAACUCCUUGGACCAGUAGCUCUCCACAGCAGAGAAACAGAUGAUGGAGCAGAUUGAGAAACUACGGCUGUUUAAAUUCAUGUCUUGUUAAAGAAACACAUCAAUAAUCUCAUAUUGUUCAUAGUGGCUCACUAAAUACUACCACAACAAACCUAUGGUUUUCUAAUGAUUUAAAUUAUUUUAAACCACAUUGCUUUUCAAAUAAUAUUUUGAUGCUUUCAAGUGUAAUGCUGUAGAUCUCACAUCAGUGACAGCCUUCCCAUUUGUUUGUGGUCACAUAAGCGCACAUUAUAGUGGUUGACCAAUAUGGGUUUCUCAUUGGCAAUAUUUGGAGAGCAGGGUGGCCGAUGGCCAAAAGAAAGGAAAGUCACGUAUAAUUAAAUUUUUUCAUGCAAUACAAUACAUUGUUUUCUUGGCUAGUAGUGCGUUGUUUUACAUGGAUUUUUUAUUAAUUAAUGAAAUAGAAAAAUACACUGGGUUAUGCCUGUGGUUCUCAAACUGGGGGGCACUGGACAGUGGGUGUGGCUGAUCAGGGGAAAAUGAGUUGAAUGAACAUGAUUUACAUAGGGAAAGAGAACAAGAGUUUGCUGAUGCUAUCAUGUUAACCUGAAUCAUUCUUUUAUUUCAAUCUAAGUCACCUUGGC